AUGCGACCGGAAGUACUUGGCGAGAAGCCAACCUUGCCCAACACCUCAGAAUCGGAGAAAAAACAGUUGCCCCAGGAAGAAUCGGACGAGUUGAACGCGUUUGAACAGGUCAAGGUGAGCAGGAAAUGUAAACAUGAACCGAAGAAUAAUUCCGGAAGCGCAUUUUCCUGUUUAUCAUAUACUUAGAAACUCUAGAGUGGUCCCUAUAGGGGCAACCUUAUGCCGCGCGUUCAAAGCGAUUUCGCAAGAUUCGAAAUAGACGUUAGAGAAAGAAAAAUAUAACUAAUCUUUGGAGAGUCAGAGAUCAUUUCACAUUUCGCGGAAAUUUGGGGGCCCCUCUAGGGAUAACUUUACCAACCUGUUUAAGGGCCACUAAAGCUUGCAAAAGUGGUCCCUAUAGGAGUUUUAGUUAGUGGCCUCUAUAGGUGACGUCCUAGUCGAUAAUUUUUGUAAACUAUAAGCAUUUUCAUGCGAAAAACUGAAUAAAUACACUUUUUUUGAAUAAAAUUGAAAGACCCCUAUAGGGACCGCUUUUUCGGGCCCUAUAGGGGCUGUUUAUUCCCUUAAACCCUAUUGGGACCACUCUGGAAAUCCUAAGUAGGUUAUAAGUUUCCGAAGUCGGCUUAAAAAAAAAUUGGAAUACUAGAAAGUUUCAGGUCUAAAAAAUGGGUUGUCUGUUGAACAAAUGAUUUUUGACAAUUUUCGGUGCUACGACAAGAGCGAGUUUUCCAUUUGCGAGCAGUACUGUAUGCGGCAAAGCGCAUUGCGUGCAUGCACUCUGCGUGUUUACACUUUUUGUGGCGUGACGUCAUCGCGCCGUACAUCUGCGGGUUUUUGCUUGCGGGUUUUUCGGAUUUUUUUGAAUUUUUUUCCGGCUUAUUUAUUUUUUCGAAACAAAAAGAACUUUUUUUAAUUGAUGAAAACUCUGUUUGACAUGGGGGCAGCUUAGGAAAAUGUUUCUUUAUAGAUAGCUAUUAGGUCAACUCCACAAAUAUAGAAAAAGAAGUAAGCUAAUAUUGAUAUUUCAAAGAGGAAAAUAUCAAAAAAAUUGCAUCAUAACAAAUACCAGUAAUUGAAAUAAGUUAUAUCAAAAAAAUAAGAAAAAUAAGAAAAUAACAAAUUUUUACAGAACCACCAUAUCAAACAAAAAGUCAUUUUUCCCAGAAAAAUUUUCAAGAUAUUUUUAAAUGUACAUUGAGAGAUUUGAAGGGACUUGUCAGAAAUUUUACGAAAAUUGGUUUCUUGUACAAUGCCGGUGUUGAGGGUGGAGGAGCAGGGACAUCUUUUUUUCGCCAAAACUUCCUUUGUGAUUUCUUGUUGCUUUAAAAUUGAGUCGAAAAACAAUGGCGUUAACAUAAUCGUCACUUUCCAUCCUGAAUUUCAUUCAUAGCACCACUUUUUUUCAUUUCAAAAUCUGAACGAGAGAAAAAAAUAUGAGAAGAAGAAGAACACGAAGAUUUUUUGAGGACAAAAAGGAGCCUUCUUAUGAGGUAAAAAAGAAGUUUUCUUUUUGUUCCGAAAAUAUUCGCACAAUCAAAACCAAACCGGAAAAAAAAUCCAAAAAAAAAUUCCGAAAAAAACAUUGAAAAAAAAAACCCGCAAGCAAAAAACCCGCAGAUGUACGGCGCGAUGACGUCACGCCACAAAAGUGUAAACACGCAGAGUGCAUGCACGCAAUGCGCUUUGCCGCAUACAGUACUGCUCGCAAAUGGAAAACUCGCUCUUGUCGUAGCACCCAAUUUUCCGAUUUUAAGGGGACCUUUUUUUUUAUUAAAAGACAGUUUUUCUUGUAGAACACGGAGAUUAACCUGUAGUAAAAUGAAAAAAGGCGAUCUAGGUCCUCAGGAGCCAGUGGGGAAUAGAGUUGAGGUUUAAAAGGAAAAAGAAACAUAUGAUCAAGUAGAACCUCUUGGUUGGGCCACCGCGGGGAUCGAACCUGCGACCCUGUGCACCGUAGACAAACACAAAACCGGUUGCGCUACGACGCGCCGCUCAUCCCUUUUUCUGAAAAAAGAUAUUGAUGUUCCCAGACGACGGAGAUCGACGCCGAAGAGACGGGACUCCUGCGCCAGGCCUUCAUGCUCAACCCGUCACAGACCAUCUACGAUUACGUGACUUCCCAUGAGGCUGAGCUCGUCGAUUUCGUCCGAUGUGAACUCGAUAAGAACGAGAAUUGA